UCACCUCAUCGCCUCAUUGCGCAGUUUGGAUCAUGUUUAUCAACCGCUCCGCUUUUCUCACGCAGCAAUUCCACUAACUUCAGGAAAGAUCAGUGUUACUGUUUGGAAAAGGAGGCGCUUGUAUGAACAUUCACUGAGUGCCUCUGUAAAGGACAUGAGGGUCAGAUCUCUCCACGAGCUGGACAUCUAUGAAUCCUCAUUCAUCUCAUCUAAAGGCAGAGGGACUAGUUUCUGCUUCUGACCCUGAACUAAUUCAUGACACAGCAGGAUGCUCCAUCUGUGCGAGCUCUCUCCGAGCGUCUCCUCGUAGCCUCGCACAAGGGCCGAGCUGAGCAUGUGGUUCAGCUUAUCAAUAAAGGGGCCAAAGUAGCCACGACCAAGAAUGGCAGGACACCUUUGCAUCUUGCCGCUCAUAAAGGCCACAUCGCUGUUGUGAGGAUUCUGCUAGCAGCCGGUUGUGACCUGGACAUUCAGGAUGAUGGUGACCAGACAGCGUUACACAGAGCCGCUGUGCUGGGAAACACCGAUGUCAUCUCUGCUCUUACACAGGAAGGGUGUGCACUAGAUAGACAAGACAAGGAUGGGAACACAGCGUUACACGAGGCUGCGUGGCACGGCUUUAGUCAGUCUGUCAAACUGCUGGUGAAGGCCGGAGCCAACGUGCAUGCAAAAAACAAGGCAGGAAACACUGCUCUUCAUUUGGCGUGUCAGAACGGUCACCCUCAAAGCUCCAAGGUUCUGCUGUUAGGUGGUUCUCAUCCUGAUAGUAAGAACGCUGCAGGUGACACGUGUCUGCAUGUGUCCGCCCGGUAUAACCAUGUGAACGUGACCCGAGCGCUCCUCAGCGCCAUCUGCUCUGUGACUGAAAGAAAUCAUGCGGGGGACACAGCUUUACACAUCGCAGCUGCUUUGAAUCACAGGAAGACCGUACGCAUGUUGCUGGAGGCCGGGGCUGACAGUUUCAUCAAGAACAAUGUGGGAGAGACGCCUCUGGAUCAGGCUCGAGAAAAUAACAAUCCAGAAGUGGCACUGCUGCUCACCAAAGCCCCACAGAGCUUCACUCGGGGAAGGACUGUGAGGAAGAGGAGGGAGAAGAUAAAGACAGAGGGUCGAGCGCAGUCGGUGCCGCGUGAAGAGAUGUUACAUAGAAAGGACAGUGAAUCUCUCGCUAAUGAGACUCACAGCAGUGACGGUUCUCACCGGCACAAUGACAGCAUGUUGACCCCAGAGGCACGAAACAAAAACCAUGAGAAUAAAGUCAAACAGAAGCUCUCGCCAUCAGACGCUCUCAUCCGAAAACACAAACACAAUGAAGCUAAGAAGAAGAGUAAAGAAGAGAGAUUUCCAUUGACUCCUCCUCAUAACCAUAAGGCCUAUCAGCUGUAUACUCUCUACAGAGACAAAGAUGGGAAGAUCAUGCAGGCUCCGUUGAACGGCUGCAGGUGUGAACCUCUCAUCACUAAACUAGAGAAUCAACUGAUGGCCACUAAAGAGGAGAUGAAGUCUGAGAUUCAGACAGUACAAGAGCUGAUGAACAGUAAGAUCGGCCAACUGGAGCGCAGCAACAAACAUCAGAUCCGAGCUCUUGAUAAGAUCACUUCAGAGAGAGUGUCUGCCGAGAGGAUCGAGUGUUUACAUCGCAUUGACAAGAGAGCCAUGCAGGAAAGACUGGAAGGAGAAAAGAGACGGGCUUCUGUGGUGAAUGAUCUUAAGAACUGGUGUCUGUCUAAGAUCCAAAGUUUGGAAACGCGUCUCACAAGCGAUCGCUUUGACACUAAACUGCGACGCUGCUCAUCCCUGAGUGACACGCGUUCAGAUUGCGAUCAUGCAUCUGGAGGCGGAGCUCAGCGCUGUCAAUCAAUCCAUUUGGAAGAGAAAGAGGAAGGUGGGACUGCAGCUGUGAACUCAUGUGCUGAGGACGAAUCAUCCAGUUAUUAUGUGAUUGAUGUGGACAUCUCAUCUGAUGACAAGCAACCAUCCCAGAAUCAGUCUGCACCUCAGUCUCCAUGUAUAGUGCGACCCAAGCAACGUUCACGGGCCUGCAGUGACCCUCACAGAGCACAAGAUGAACUGCAGGAUUCAGGUUUGGAAAUCCGAGCUGUUCCCGAUCUGUGCUGUGAGCAGAAACCCGAGCUGGAUCACAGGAACCUGAAAAAACGGUCCCAACAAAGAGCUAAGACCAAACGGGACCCUCAGACCUCAACAGGCGAGCACCAGGCUGCCCGGGAGCAAGAGAACGUGCACGCGCUCGAGGUGACGCAGUACUUCUUUGAGGCGGUGACUCUUCAGAUGGAGCGCUGGUAUGAGAGGAACAUCGAGCAGGCACGCUGGCAGGCCAAUCAGAAAGCCCGAGCUGACAGAGCCGCCCUGCUGGACAGAAUCACUCAUUUAGAGGAUGAACUCAAACUACUGAGAACUAACAAACAAGAGGAGAGCUAGUAUAUGUAUAUAACACUGGUGUAGUAGACACUGUAACACAUGAAACGAGCUAAGAUCAAUAACACAUCUCACACGUGAAGAUAACUCUCGAUGCAAGCACGUAAAGUCAAUUUCAAACCACUGAUCAAACAUUAGUGUUCGCAUACUCGUGUGAAUCGUGUUUGGCGUCUUGCAGGUUUUGGAAAACAUACGGUUGUUAAAAUAAGUGGGUGAAUUCUAGCAUGACUAGUCAGAAUUUGAACUUCCCGACCUGAAAUGUUGUGGGCGGGGCUAAGUUCAGAUGGCACCCAGGCUAGGUGUUUUCAUAGUGAAGCACCUAAUGUUACAGUUUUAACUUUUACAUACAUUCAGAUUGAGACUGGAUUGAGUGGUCAUGUUCAUGUGUAUAUUUGAAUUGGUUGUUUAUGUAUUUUCAAAGCUCAAAGACUGGAAAAACUUAAGAAAAUGAAUCACAGCACAGAAGUAUUAUUUUUUUUACAUUUUCGCCAUUUUGUUUUAAGAUUAGAAAUGAAAGAUCUUAUAAUGUACUUUGCAGCAAAAAGUUAUGUAUGUGCCAUGAAAAUGUGUUUUUAAGGCAGAUUAACAUAGAUUAAUGUGAUUUGAUUUCACAUUGAAGUUCAUUCAUCAUCCAAAACUUCACACUAAUUGAUUUUUGAUGGUUGAUAAAUUGCCAAGAGUUCAGUCUGUACAUCUUUGUCAAAUCACCUGAUGAUGGGUGACAAAUGUAGCCAUUUUUCAUCUUUCUGAUCAAGUCCUGCUGUUAAUUUUUUUCCUUAUGAAUGUCUUUUUUUAUUCAGAAAUAUGUCCCAUUAUAGUCCCUUUCAUCCAAAACUGAACCUGUAAUAUGUGUAGGUCACUCUUAUAAGUGUUCUUGAAAUGAUUAAAUACAUUAUGGGGUGGCUUCCCAGACAGGGCUUAUCUUAGUCCCAGACUAAAAUGCUUGCUUAAGGUGCCUUAAUUUAAAAACAUCUUGCACUGAAACAAUUUAACAUGUAUAUAUCAGUGGCAUUGUCUCAAGAUGCACACCAAUAAUGCAAGGUAUGUUUGUGAAAUACAACUUAUGCGUAGUCUUGGACCUAAACCUUGUCUGGGAAACUGCCCCAAUAUCUUCAGAGUCGAUUUAAAGGACUGUGCUGCUCCACACCAACUUAAAAUUCAUGAUGUUAUUUACUAACUAAUAUAUGAUCAACCUUUUUAUACAUGUGCAGCUACUGGACAUCAAUAGUUUACAGUUGUUUAAAGGGAAAGCUAAUAUGUAUCUGUCUUAACAAAAUGGACCAUGAAGUAAAAUGUGUAAGUCAACUUUAAUAAAUUGUUUUUAAAAAAUAAUAAUAAAAUCUUUCUUUAGAGUCUUUGGAAACAAAGAUGUUAACUGAUGGACCUUAAAGGAACAGUAUGUAGGAUUGUGGCCAAAACUGGUAUUGCAAUCACCCAACUGGUGGCCAAUACACAAAAUGACAACAUAAACAUCAGUUGAGGGCUGCAACUCCACUUUUUAAAUGACGAUAUUCUGGCCAGACAACUGUUGUCAGUGAUAAAAGUAUUUGAAAUGAAAAUGAUUUCUUAAUGUC